AAUUCCUAAAUGUUCGACGAUAGGUUACUGUGUUUAGUCUUCAAACUGUGGAGUGAGCGCCCAACAAGUUGCCUAGAGUAGUGUGAGAUGCCGCCGCGCGUAGACGCGAGCGAGUGCGCCGAGCGCGCUGCUCGCGCCCUUAAUAUCUCCUUAUCAAGCCUUAUCAAACCUUAUCAUUUACUCAUCGCAAACGAACGAUCGAUUCAGCACACUCGCGAAUAUCCCGCUUAAUAUGUGAGAUUUAAUUAUGAUCAUGAUCAGGAAUAUUGUGUUUAAUUUGUGUGUUUAUAUGUUAUUGGAAUACGCAAGUGGCCAAGUGCCUCAACAAAUACAGAACAAAUUGGUCUGCAUCGAGCAUGAUUCUUGCGGCGCGUGCCUAUCCGCCGCCUCGCAUUGUCGGUGGUGCGCGGACCCGUCUUUCAGCGCUGCUGCCAGAUGUAACGAUGAAGAGAGUUUAGUGUACAGUGGCUGUAAAGAAGACAUGAUCCAGAAGCCAGCGAAGCCGGUGUGGCAGGUGGCUGAGAACCGAUCCCUCCAAGACGUGGACUCUAACGACGUGGAGGCAGUGGUGCAGAUACAACCGCAGAGGGUACGGCUGUCACUCAAACCACGAGAAACGGUGAAGGUAAAAUUCUCAUAUAGACCUGCGAAGAAUUACCCGCUCGACUUGUACUACCUUAUGGACUUGACGUGGUCGAUGAAGGACGACAAGGAGACCCUGGUGUCGCUCAGAGACGACCUGCCCAGCAUGCUGAAGAACCUUACUGAUAAUUUUAGAUUAGGGUUCGGUAGUUUCGCGGACAAACCAGUGCUGCCGUAUAUAAAUAUCGAUGAGAAACGCCGUGAGAACCCUUGCAACGUCGAAGAGGAAAAGUGCGAACCUACAUACAGCUACCGGCACCACCUCUCUCUCACUAACCAGGUGAGCGAUUUCAUCAAGAACGUAAACGACAGCAAGGUAACAGCCAACCUGGACGACGCCGAAGCACAGCUAGACGCCCUAGUGCAGGCCGUCACCUGCAGGGACAAAGUCGGCUGGGCGCGGCACAGCAGGAAGAUCGUCAUCUUACUGUCGGAUGGGCUGCUGCACACCGCGGGAGACGGGAAACUUGGUGGAGCUAUCAGAAAAAACGACGAACAGUGCCAUUUGGACGAUAAUGGAUAUUACACCGAGUACUCCAUUUAUGAUUAUCCGUCGCUCGCCCAAGUCUAUAGACUCUUAGAUAAGUACAAGGUUAACGUAAUAUUCGCCGUGACGGAAAGAGUGAAGAAUCAUUACGACAGCAUUCACCAGCUGAUGGCCGAUUUCACGUACGUCGCUAAGCUCGAGAGUGACAGUUCGAACAUAUUGAAGCUAGUCAAAACGGGUUACGAAGACAUCGUGAGUGUUGUGGACUUUGAGGAUGACUCUAGUGCAGGGCCAGUGAAGGUCAAGUACUUCACGGAUUGUGGAGUGAAAGGGGGCUCGCUUAUAGAGUCUACGCGGUGCGCCGGCGUCGAAUACGGCAUGACGCUUAACUACGAGGUCCAUGUCACAUUGGAGUCAUGCCCCGAAUACAAGAAGUCAAACCAAACGAUACGCAUAUCGGAGAGUCAGCUAGGCCAAGACUCGCUGGAGCUCGAGGUGGAGGUCCAGUGUGGAUGCGAGUGCGACACUAACACCGAUCAGGACUCGCUGACUUGUCCGGCCAAUUCGCACCUCGUUUGCGGCGUGUGCCAGUGCAAUAAAGGAUGGUCUGGCCCCUCAUGCGACUGCUCCAUCGAAGACGAGGAGAAGUCAAUGGCUCUCAUCGCGCAGUGCCGCGCGCCGAACUCGACGCACUACAUCCCGUGCUCGGGCGCCGGCGACUGCAUCUGCGGCAUCUGCAACUGCGACCGCGGGUUCAACGGGAAAUACUGCCAGUGCAAGGCGUGCGAGAUUAACCGGGAGAACGGCAUAGAAUGCGGCGGCGUUGGUCGCGGAGACUGCGCCUGCGGCCAGUGCGUCUGCGUUGAAGGCUGGAGCGGCAGCGCGUGCGAUUGCAUCGACAGGAACGACGCAUGCAUCGCGCCGGGGGGAGGGGAGGUGUGCUCGGGGCGCGGGGACUGUAUUUGUGGCCGUUGCGAGUGCUCAUCCUCGGAGGAAGGCAGCAAGUAUACGGGCGCGUUCUGUGAGACGUGCGCAACGUGUGAGAACCCACUCUGCGCAAAUGCAGAACCCUGUGUUACAUGUUUCCUGUCUAAGAACUGCACUGAGGUGUGCAUAAUUGGAGGUAGCAACUAUACUGUGGCUGAGAAACUCUCAGAGACAGUUACGGAAGGCAGCGAGGAAGUCUCUUGCAUACUCCGUGUAGAAGAGGGCAGCCAGGAGUGCGAAUACAGGUAUACCUACAGUGCCAGCGCCCAAGACAUGGUCACCAUGGAAAUAGUCAUCCGCUCCAAGCAAUGCGGCCAGCUGACGAGCGCCAAGCUCAUGACCAGCGCCUUAAUCAUCAUGGCUUGUGUUAUAGCAGGCGGUGUGGUCAUUAUCAUGGGUAUAAAGAGUGCACAGAUAGUGUCAGAUAGACGAGCAUAUGCUAAGUUUGUUCAGGAAGCGGAGAUGAGCAGGUUAAACGCUCAGGAGUUGAACCCGCUGUAUAUAUCACCGAUCACUGAAUUCAGGUUACCGGACAGUUUUCCUAGGGAUAAGAAUGAUUAGUUUUAAAAACUUUGAAGUGUGUAUUAUGAUGGAUGGGAUAUGGGUUGAGUAUUUCUUUUAAUGGUAUUCUUUUUUUAAAUUAAUAGUUAGUUCCUCAGUUACGAGGGGGAUAGAGGGCAUAUAAAACUCUAAAUGCACUCUUCGUAAAGGAUAGAAUUGUAUAACUCAUUUAUUAACGUAAAUAUCUAGAAUUAUUCAUGUCUAAAAAAGUAUAAAUUUGUAUUAAUUACAUAAUUAUUUAUCAGUGACUGUAAAUAUCUGUAAUCUUACGUGUUUCGAGAUUGUGCCUUUCUGUGUACUUACAUCUUAAGAUUAAAAACAUAUUAAACUGGUCUAAGACCAGCUCAAUGUUAAGGAAACUUAUGGAACCAAAUAUAUGUAGGUAUAAUAUACAUAGUAGGUAGGUACUUAUUUAAGUUUCAAGUAAGAUAUUUUAAAUGUAAUUUAAAUGUUGAGAGUUAAAUCCUUUAGGUGCUUACAAUUAAUAGUUUGAUAGUUACGUGUUACAUUGAGUCAAUAUUAAAGUAAUAUAGGGUAAAACGAGGCGAAUCGGACCAAUGGUACGAUUGGUAUGGAACGGUACUUAAAUAAAUAUAUUUUUCAAGCAGGCAUAAGUAUGAUUUAUAUAAACAAAACUGAAUAAAUUCCUUAGUCAAGUAUUACAAAAUUGAAAUAUUGCAUACCUGCCUUUUAUUUUUAUAGACAAAAAGACGAACAUAAUUCAUUAAAUAAUUCUUAAUAAAAAAAAUUUUGGCCCUUUUUAGGAUCGGGUGAUUUAUAGAGCCAAAGCAUAAUGCCGCUUUGCAAGCCAAGCUAGUCGAAAUGUAAAGAAAAUUCUUCGAUCACAAGACCGAAGUUCUUGUUUGUUUAUGAGUAAUGAGUAGUCGGUCAUGGUCAGUGAUCCCAAUCGCCUCGGUCUACCCUACCUACGUAUUAAUGUUCAACGUAAUUUUGCUAGUCUUUCGCAUUAUGUAGUAUAUACAUAAGAUGAUUUUAUUGAAGUAUUUCCUAAAUAGUACCUAAUGCCAUAGUUAUUUAGCUUUAAGGUUGUCCAUUUUGUUAUACGUUUGUUUCAUAUUACCAAAUUACUUAUCAUCACUUUUAAAUAGUUCAACAUUUACUUCAAAGAAGAACUCGUGUAAUAUUUUUCAUAUUUUAUUACGAAACGAAUCACAAUAGGAAGUUUAUAUUAUAAACACUACACCGAUACAUUUGUAUUCACUUAAGUAUUACUGCAUGUUACUUAUACAGUAUUUAUUGAUGUUGAUAGUUUAUUAUCGUUAUAUUUUUACCGGUUAAGAGUUACCUUACUAAUAUAAUUCAAUAGGGAUUCUUAAAGUAUGUACUUAAUGACAAUUUUGACAAACUUUUCAUUAAGUUUCUUGAGAUUGUAAACAAAUAUACCACAGUUUAUCUUGUUCAUAAAUAAAACACACUAAAACAUUUCAUUUAUAUCUUUAUUCCCUUUUUUCAUCAUAAUACAAAUAUAUUUUUAACCGAACAAAC